AUGGACUCCAGGUUAAAAGCACUUGCUCUCAAAUUUGGUUGACCUACCCGUUAUUUUUCAACCCGAUAAAAUUGGGGGGUGAUGGUGGUGGGGUGAAGAUGUCAGGGCGCGGCAAGGGCGGGAAGGGCCUGGGCAAGGGGGGCGCCAAGCGCCACCGCAAGGUGCUGCGCGACAACAUCCAGGGCAUCACCAAGCCCGCCAUCCGGCGGCUGGCCCGGCGCGGCGGCGUCAAGCGCAUCUCCGGCCUCAUCUACGAGGAGACCCGCGGGGUGCUCAAGGUGUUCCUGGAGAACGUGAUCCGGGACGCCGUCACCUACACGGAGCACGCCAAGCGCAAGACGGUCACGGCCAUGGACGUGGUGUACGCGCUCAAGCGCCAGGGCCGCACCCUCUACGGCUUCGGGGGCUAAAGUUUUUUGAAGGUUCCCGUCGCUUACCAAAAAGGCCCUUUUUAGGGCCCCCAAGUUUUCGUUAAAAGAGCUUUAGUGCUUGUCUAUAAACGGGUCUCGGUAGAGCCGUUUUCAAAUGCGGUUUAAUGGUGAUUUCUUCUGCCCGGG